GUAGAAAUUAAGCAGUGAAUCCUUACAAUGGAAUGAGUCUCAUACUCUAUCAGCUGCAUGCUAGGUAGAUUUAAAACAUGAAAUAAAUGCUUACUAUUGGCAUUCCUUCUAGUUAAUACUUCCUGUGAGCCUGUUAAAAAUAGCUGAAGCAUUAAAAUAUUCUAAGAUGUGACACUCUCCGAGAAUUCAGUAGAGACUUUUGUGAGAUAGGUAAUAGUAUUUUAUUUCGGAGCAUCCAGAAACUGAACUAAUUAAUUCAUUUAACAGGCUUUAUCACCCAGAGAGUCUGUAUAGUCCUUAUUAUUAGGUCUGUGAUUUAAUUACCUGAACAAAAGGAAAGCUAUCAUGUUAAUGUUUUUUAUUUCUCUAUUACACAAAAACAGUGAGGAUGUUUUUCACUCAUUCUCCACAGAAUUCUGUAGUAAAUAAAUCACUUACCUCAAAAAAAUGACAUCACUAACAAUAUGACCAAAUAAUUUUUGCAGAUCAGAUUUGCUAUACUUUUUAAAAAAAAUAAAAACGGAACCAGUAUUUUCCCUCCAAAUCUCACAAGUCACAUGAAUUUGAAGGAAAAUUGUUUAAAAAUUACAUUUUGUAGCAUUUUAUAAUCUAUCAGGUACAUACUGAAGUACAUUCAGAAAUGCACGAUUCCAUGGCCAUCAAGGUAGGGGGUAGUUUUACUCACUGACCUUAUUUAGAAUUGUCAGCAUUUGGUGAUAAUUUUUAAAAACACUUUUAGUUGGUUUUAUUAUUUUUGUUCUAAAAUUCUCUAAAGACGGGACACCCCUUUAUCAACUCCACCAGGGGAAACAACUCCUGCCCUACCCAUGGUAUGCCACUGUUUUUAUCCCAUUUAUACAUUUAAGGGAGAUGCAAGUCAAACAUGUUAAAUAACUCUCCUAAGGUCAUUUAGAGGCUGCACAUCUAGGAGUUCUGACUCCAAGUCUAGUAUUUUCCUACAACACUUCCUCCAGUUCUAAGAUAGGAUGGCCAUAACUUGGUCUAGGAUAUAGUACUUUAAUAAGAAUGUUAUAUUUCUUGAACAUUAAACAACAGCUAUUACCUAAGUCUUCCUAAAUUUCAAUCCAAACCACAGCUGAACCCUUGCAAUAGUGUUCAUUCUUGCUGUACUUCACCCUGGUUCCCUUGAACUAAAAAACAUUAGGGAAAUCAACUCCUCCUCCUCUGACCUCCACAUGUCUAGUCAGUCACAAAGCCCUGUUGAUUCUGCCUUCUCAAUACUGCUCACAUCUAUCCCUUCCCAUCUCAGUGAGGGUCUUGCCUCAUCAAUUAACCUUUUUCAGGUGUCUCCAGUCUCCUGCCCCCCCCCCCCCCCCACUGGUUCCUUCUCCUAAGUAUUUAAAUGUGCUAAUUGUAAACAAAAUGAAACAAACAUCCCUGUCCCUCCUUCCCUCUGUGGAUGGCUGUCACUGCUAACUCCUUCCCUUGGUAUUUAAGCUUCUAGAUUCCUUACUGUCUCCUCAUUGGGUACAUUUUCUCACCUUCCAUUUUGCUAUUCAACUAUUGCAAUCUGGCUUCUACCUCAUUACUCAUUAGAAACUUUACCUAAUUGCCAGGUCUUAUGGUCUAUGCAAUCCAUGGUGGCCCCCGCUGCUUGCUCCCUGCAGGCAGGUGUGGUCCAUUUUAGAACAGGCAACUCUAGUCCCUUGGUGCUGAGCUCACCCACAGAACCACUCAGUUAGGCUUAUGAGGUUAGUACCCAGUCCCCAUUAGUGCCCACCAAAGUGCUGCAAUUGUAUGGGCCCAGGCCCAUCUCCUCUUCAUCAUGAACUCACAAUGCGCUUUGCUUCAAGUCCUCCGGACUCAAUAAGAGUUAGGUCACCCUUCUCUUCAAUCCUGAAAGCCACAGAUUCCAUACUACCCCUCUUUAGGACACUGUUCUUCAUACUUCAAUGUGCAUGUGAAUCACCUGAGAAUCUUAGAUUCUCAUUCAUCAGACACGGGGUGGGGCAUUUCUAACAAGCUCUCAGGCGAUGCUAAUGUUGCUGGUUGGAGUACUGUGAGUAGCAAACUUUUGGAUGAGCCUAUUUGAAUUACCUGUUUGGGUAAUCCUGGCUGGCAACUUCUCCUCUAAGCUCUGAAACACAUGAAAAGCCUGUUAGCUCUCCACCUGGAGGUAAAGGAUAGCGCUCACAAGUACGUUCCUCAUAAGAAGCUGGGAAAAUUGCCUUACCUUCUUUUCUGAAAACCAAAAACAUAAAACAGCUGAUUUCUCAAUAGACCAAUGUGCCUCAUUAACUGUAUCAUUCACCUGCCUAGCUUUGCUUUCUUUAUCUGCUUCUUAACUUUUAGUACUCCCUAGCAUUCCAUCCAUGGUCCUUUUCUUUCUUCCCUGACUACUCUGUCUUAAAUUGUCACAUUCAUUGCCAUGGUUUUCCCUCUUGUAGAGAGACUAACCACAUCCACUUCCCUAAUCUCUGAGGUCUAAGGCCAUACUGUAGAUUUAUUACUUAGAGGACAACCAAGAUCAUUUUCCCCCUAGACUGUGGCCCUCUUCCCUUAUUUCCUAAGUUGAUUAAUGGCACCACCAUCCACCAAGCUAGGGACUUGGGAUUGACCCUUGGCUCCUAUUCACAAUCUUUGUCCUCUUUGUUGAUGCUCCUGAGGUGGAUAGCUGUGGAUUUCUCCAGCCAUCAUGCCUUUCCCCUUCUUUUACCCCCCAACUUUUUUUUUUUUUUUUUUAUGAGAUGGAGUCUCACUCUGUCACCAGGGUGAGAGUGCAGUGGCGCAAUCUUGGCUCACUGCAACCUCUGCUUCCCAGGUUCAAGUGGUCCUCCUGCCUCAGCCUCCUGAGUAGCUGGGAUUACAGGUGCCUGCCACUAUGUUCAGCUAUUUUUUUUGUAUUUUUAGUAGAGACGGGGUUUCACCAUGUUGCCCAGGCUGGUCUUGAACUCCUGACCUCGUGAUUCACCCACCUUGGCCUCCCAAAGUGCCGGGAUUACAGGCAUGAGCCACCACGCCUGGCCUCCCCUUCUUUUAUCAACAGCAUUCUCCUUUUUCUUUGGGAAACUACCUGCAUGUAGUCUUGGCUAGGACUGCUGGGAAACUGAUACACCAGUCAAGACUUUCUCCCCCAGACCUGAGAUCUUGAGAAAUGACAUAAGGUCUGAAAACUGAAGCUGAUCUGUUCCAGUGGUGGCCUAAAGAGAUCACUCCCAUCAGUUUCUGCUCUCCCUACCCACAGGACUGCUCUGACUUAUCUUCUUCUUGGAGCUGCUGUUAGACUGUCCUUUUGUAAAUGGAACAUCCCCUGUCCUUCCAGUAAAUUCCUAUAUUGCUUAUGUGAACCAGUAUCCUCAUGUGUUACUUAUGCCCAGAUAAUCCUAAUCCAUAUACUACCUACCCUAAUCUAUACAUGACCUCUCCUUCUUCACUGCAAAGGUCCACUUCAGACACUCAUUUUUCACCUGGACUAUUAGAAUGCCUCUCCUUAAGUGGUCUCCUAAAUUCCAGAUUCUCCUCUUACAGUUACUCAAAAAAUUUUUUUUUGUAUGUUGGCAUUUGUAUAGCAGUUUGUUAGAAUGCUAAGUGCUGGGGAUCUCAUAAAAUAAACAGGCAAGGUUUAGGUCCUCGUAAAGUAUACAGUGGGAGGCAGGUAAUACUUAGAUAAUCUCGCAAAAAAUUAUAGACCAUGGUUAUGUGCUACAAUGGAAAAUAAGAGUGCUGUGAAACUAACAGGGGAACAUGGCCCAAUACGUGGGGAGAGGAGGUAUCCGUCAAGGGAGGCUUCCCCCAUGGACUAACCUUAACGCGAAGAUGGGGAUGCUAGGGAAGGGAGGAAAAAGAUGGAGCUUUCCAGGCAGAGGGGAUAGCAAGUGCAAACGCCCUAAGAUGGAAGGUUUAAGGAAGUCAUAAAAGCCAAGUGUGGCAGGAACACAGCAAAAAAGAAGGAAAGUGGUACCGAAUGAGACUAGAGAGGAAGCAGGGUCAAAUCAUGCAGUGCCUUGUAGGAAAUAUUAAGGAUUGGGGUCCUUAUUCUAAAAUAAAUGGGGAAAGCCAAUAGGGUUUUUUUUUUUAAAGAGACAUGGUCUCACUAUGUUGCCCAGGCUGGCCUCUAACUACUGGGCUCAAACGAUCCUCCCUCCUCAGCUUCCUAAGUACCUGGGACUACAGGCACACGCCACUACACUGGCCUAAUUAGAAGAAUGUAAAUAAGUAAGUGGCAUGAAGAAUUUUUUUUAAGAGCAUUAUGCCUAGCUGCCUACAAUGUAGGGACUGGAUGUGGGAAAACUGGUUAGGACAACAGUGACAACAGUAGUCCAAAGAGAGGAUGAGAGCCAAGAUUCAGGAUGGAGGAGGUGAAUGGAUGCAAAGAUAGUCCGCAACUAAAAUCCGUCGGUCUUGGUUGAUGAAUUGGAUGUGGACUGGUGGUAAGCAGGAGGGAUUUAUCAAGGAAAACUCUUACGUUUUUGGCUUAAAAGCUAGAAGGAUGGUUCUACCAUAUUCUGAGAUACAGAGUAUUGAGGACCAAGUUUUUCAGGGGAAGUAGGAAGAGGAUCAUGCACCCAUUUGAUGUGCCACUGGCACAUCAAGGAGAGAGAUGCCAAGUAGCAGGACAUGUAGGUUGGGGCCACAGACAUAAUUUGAGUAAUGAAUAUAUAGAUAAUCUUUGAAGUCCUGGAUAUGAGUGAGAUGGGGCUGAGGGGGGAGUCCAGAGGAGCUGAGAACAGGGCUUUGAUGAACUCCAGCAUGUAAAGGCAGGUGGAAGAGGAUGAACUGGCAGAGGAGAGGACACUGAGAAAGAUGAGGAAGGAAGGAACCAGAAGGGUGCAGUCCUUCUGGCCCUUCUGAACCAUGCACUUGCUCACGGCCCUCCCUUGUGCUAUUAGCCCCUCCUCCCCUGAUGAAGUUCAGUCUCCAGAGCAUGGCCUACAAGGCCCAUCAUAAGGCGGCCCCAAUAAACUUUGAUCAUUUAUUUCCUUCUUCACUCCCUAUCUCCAAUAUCCUAGAAUUCAGACACUGCUCACUUCAACACUAACCUCCAGACUUUGCACAUGCAUCAAAUGUUCUUUCCCUUUCUUCUUUUUUUAAAAAGUCUAAUGUCACCUCUUGUACAAAGUCUUUGUUAGGAAGAGUUAGUCACUUCCAAAUAAUUUCACUCACAUAUUUUUAAGACAAUAUUUAGCACACUGCAAUAUACUGUGUUGGCCGGUGGCUUAAGGUUAUUUGGGCUGGGUUUCCUAUCUUAUAUGUUGUUUCCUAAAACUAAGCACAAUCUUAGAAGAUUGUGUUUGCUAAAUAAAUUAAUGGAUGAUAAUUAUAUUUUUGCUUUGGUUGACAAAAUUAAGACAAAAUCAGUCUAGAUUAAGCUGGCGUUGACUGCUCCCAAGAGGACAUUUGGCAAUAUCUGAAGAAAUUUUUAGUUGUCACAGCUGGGAGAGGUGCUACUGGCAUCUCGUAGGUAGAGACUAGGGAUGCUGCUGAACAUCUAUACAAUGUAUAGAUGGCCCCUGCAAUAAAGAAUUAUCUGGCCCAAAAAGUCCAUGACGCUGAGGCUGAGAAACCCAGUUUUGGUUUGCCACCUUAAACGUUCUUCUAUUUAUACUGUAAAUUUCCUGUAGGAUAUUUUUUCUGAAUGAAAUAAGCACUCCAGAUACUAACACCAUUGAUUCUAAGACCUACAAAUGUACUAGUCAUUCUUUAGAGCAGUGUUUCUCAAAUUUGUGCAUCAGAAUCACUGGGAGGGCUUGUUAAAACAUAGGUGCCUGGGCCCCACCACAGGAGUUUCAGUAGAUCAGGGGUAUCCUAUGCACUGUAGGCCUGAUAAUUUGUAUUUCUCAAGGUUUCUAGGGGAUGUUGAUGCUGCUGGUCCAAUGUCCAUACUCUGUGAACCACUGCUUUAGAGAAGAGCCCAGGGUUAGUUAACCUGAGGGUUUAUCACACUUUUCCCCAUUAAAGGCCAUGCCCAGAAACUUGAGAUGCAACUUCCCUGGGUAGCCCUACCUUUCUUUUCCCUGUAUCUCCCAGCCAGGUACCUGGAGCUGCAUCUGUGAUGACUGCCAAGCUGGCAGCACCUUAGACUCAAAACAUACCCCAUUCCUGAGAACAGAUGAAGGCUGCUAGCAGGGCAAGGCACCAAUCCCUCUCCCCCCAUUUUUCAGCCAGUAGGGGCCUGAGGUCCAGGCCCUUGGAAAUGAAGUAACAUCUAAAGGAACUAUCCUAGCUCCUCAGAGCACCUGUAUCAGAAUCACCUAUGGGGUUUAGAGUCAUGGGCCCAUCCUUAGUAAUUCUGUCAGCCAGGGAAUCUGCAUUUUAUGAAGCUCUUGACAUCAGUGGUUCUCAAAGUGUGGUCCUGGGACCAGCAUCCUCAUCACCACCCGCGAACCCAUUAGAGAUACAAAUUCUUGGGCACUUCCCCAGACAUAUUCAAAACGCUGGGGUUGAGACCUCGUCACUUGUAUUUUAACACGCCCUCUGUGAAUUCUGUUAGCUCCAGUUUGAGAAUUACUGGUUUAAAUUAGUCUGCUUCUCAAGUUUAAGAUGUCUGGAUGUAGACUUCUGGAUUUUUCUUUCACUUCACGUUCUAGAUUCCUUUCCUACCUGUAUAUACCAAAAGCACCCACAGGAAGCAAAGCGCCCCCCCCACCACUCCCCAAAAGGCCUGCCUGUAGAACAUUUGUACCCUACAAAAGAGAGCAAGAGUGAACUUUCGUUGAAUCUGGUCAUUUGUUUGCAUGCCAGCCGCGCUUUAUCUGGCCGGACAGUGGUCCCUGAGGAGGUCGACCUGGCACUCUCGGAAACCCGAAGACCCGGGCCAGUAACCUCCGGAGGGGUGGUGUCGCGGGCCGGCUUUGCAGCGCGUACUGGGCUGGCGUCCCGCCCCGCGCUCCUGCGUAAACACGCGGUUCCCUUGGCAACACUGGAACCCACGUCAAAAGCUCCGCCAGGUCCCCAGCGACCGCCACCCCUCCGGCCGAGCCCAGCUCCCCGCGGCGGCCGCUAACCCCCGGCCCCAAGCCACCACUCCGACCUAGCGGCCGCCGCCCCCGGUGCGGGAUGAGGAGAUCCGCGGCCGCCACUGGGCCCCAUGGAGGAGCCGCCGCCGCCGCCCCGCCCACCAGCGAGCAUGGCCUUACUGGGCAGCCCGCACCCCGGCGCCCCCUCCGCGGCCGGCCCACCUGGCGGGACUUCCUCCGCGGCCACGGCGGCCGUGCUCUCCUUCAGCACCGUGGCGACCGCGGCGGCCGCGGCGCUGGGGAACCUGAGCGACGCAAGCGGAGGCGGCAUAGCUGCCGCUCCCGGUGUCGGCGGCCUUGGCAGGUCCGGGGCAGCGCGGGAGGCGGGGGCGGCGGUGAGGCCGCCGCUGGGCCCGGAGGCGGCGCCGCUGCUGUCGCACGGAGCUGCGGUGGCGGCCCAGGCGCUCGUCCUCCUGCUCAUCUUCCUGCUGUCUAGCCUGGGCAACUGCGCGGUGAUGGGGGUGAUUGUGAAGCACCGGCAGCUCCGCACCGUCACCAACGCCUUCAUCCUGUCGCUGUCCCUAUCGGAUCUGCUCACGGCGCUGCUCUGCCUGCCCGCCGCCUUCCUGGACCUCUUCACGCCGCCCGGGGGCUCGGCGCCUGCCGCCGCCGCGGGGCCCUGGCGCGGCUUCUGCGCCGCCAGCCGCUUCUUCAGCUCGUGCUUCGGCAUCGUGUCCACGCUCAGUGUGGCGCUCAUCUCGUUGGACCGCUACUGCGCCAUCGUGCGGCCGCCGCGGGAGAAGAUCGGCCGCCGCCGCGCGCUGCAGCUGCUGGCGGGCGCCUGGCUGACGGCCCUGGGCUUCUCCUUGCCCUGGGAGCUGCUCGGGGCGCCCCGGGAACUUGCGGCGGCGCAGAGCUUCCACGGCUGCCUCUACCGGACCUCCCCGGACCCCGCGCAGCUGGGCGCGGCCUUCAGCGUGGGGCUGGUGGUGGCCUGCUACCUGCUGCCCUUCCUGCUCAUGUGCUUCUGCCACUACCACAUCUGCAAGACGGUGCGCCUGUCGGACGUGCGCGUGCGGCCGGUGAACACCUACGCGCGCGUGCUGCGCUUCUUCAGCGAGGUGCGCACGGCCACUACCGUGCUCAUCAUGAUCAUCUUCGUCAUCUGCUGCUGGGGGCCCUACUGCUUCCUGGUGCUGCUGGCCGCCGCCCGGCAGGCCCAGACCGUGCAGGCCCCCUCGCUCCUCAACGUGGUGGCCGUCUGGCUGACAUGGGCCAAUGGGGCCAUCAAUCCUGUCAUCUACGCCAUCCGCAAUCCCAACAUUUCGAUGCUCCUAGGGCGCAACCGCGAGGAGGGCUACCGGACUAGGAAUGUGGACGCUUUCCUGCCCAGCCAGGGCCGGGGUCUGCAAGCCAGAAGCCGCAGUCGCCUUCGAAAUCGCUAUGCCAACCGGCUGGGGGCCUGCAGCAGGAUGUCCUCUUCCAACCCUGCCAGCGGAGUGGCAGGGGACGUGGCCAUGUGGGCCCGCAAAAAUCCAGUUGUACUUUUCUGCCGAGAGGGACCACCAGAGCCUGUGACGGCAGCGACCAAACAGCCUAAAUCCGAAGCUGGGGAUACCAGCCUCUAAGACGGUUGGAGUGGCCAGCUUAUGAAGGCAAAUUUCCACUCGCAUUAUUUAAUGAUGGAAGAUUCUGGGGGAGAGUCGUGGAUUUCAUAAAGCCAAACAUUUAAAGCUAGAGACGGGGGAGGCUUACCACUUUCCCCAAACAACAUAAAAGACAAUGUCCCUUCUUCAAAAGUGCCGAAAGGAAUGUAAAAUGCAAAAAUUAAAACAAUCUUAAAUUAAACCACAUAACCAAGCAUUGUGAACUGUAAGUGCCAAAAAUGACAAAAAUAACAUUCACUAUAACUGAAAAGCUCGUAUUAUAGGACCACACUGUGAAACAAACAACACAUUGAAUGCAGCUAGUAUUGUUCAACUACACAGAAUUUCAGGAAUGAAUGGAGACCCUCAGAGCUGCUUGAAAGCCCCUCUAAAUCGCACCAUCCAACAAAACUUUAGCUUCUAGAGCUUGCGCCUCAGACAUGCUUUGGGUGCUUAGAUUGCAAGUGGAAAAGUCUUAUCCUUACACACAUUGGUGCACCUCCUCACCCCACCCCCUAGUAACCUUUGUGGAAAAUUUUUAAUUCAUAACCCACUUAAAAUCAUUUUAGGAUUUUGAAAAGGUAGUUAUUAUUAGAUAAAAUUCAACCAUCUGAAGGACAAAUAAAGUAUGAACAUAAAGAAAUGUGUCUUUUAAAUGUUUUCCAAGAUUAUAUGUAAAAAUUAACAUUCCUUCCACCCACGUCAUACCUCCAAAAUGAUCUUCCUUGGAAAACUUUGAAGCUUUAUCCUUACUCUAACCUGUUACUUUUAUUUCUGAUAAAUUUUGGAAUGCUGCUCUCAGAACGCUUUCACUUUAAAAAAAAUAUUUUCAUUGUAGAAAAUCUUUGUCUUUUGAGGUAAAUUUGAUUUUUGGAUAUAACCAAAAAUGUAAUCUGAAGUCAAGUUGAUUGAAUAAGGUGAGUGAUGCCACUUUAUUUAAAUUUUUAUUAUUUUUUAAAAUGAGACCUCUAUGAAACAACAAGGUUGGGUUUCCUAUGUGGCUUUUAGCUAACUGAAAACGAUUCCAAAGAGAAAUUCUAAAACUAUUUUGAGAAGCAGCCUCUUGGAAUUAGCAUAGACUUUUCCAAGAAGAUCAUACUCUCCUACAUUUAGAAAUUUGGUAUAUUUUGUGUUUUUUAAAAUAGCUGAUGGUUGCUUUAUAGCUAUGACUUGCCGCAGAUAAUGUAUUUAUUAAAGGGAGAAUAGGUGUGGGACUAUAUGUAACAGGGUAUUAAAACACAGGCAUAAAGUUGGAGAAGAACUUCAAGCAAACUGAAAAUAUCUUUGGAAAUAUGCAAAUCAAAGAUGCUUUUUAAAUUUCUAUCUUAGCAGAAAAGAUUUUACAAUAAUUCAAAAGCAUGAUUCAGGAUUUGUGUUAUGUGAACUUUCUAAUGUUAAAUAUGACUGUACACAGAAUCAUUUACUCGGAAUUUUUUAAAAUGUUAUCUUUCCCUCUUUCUUUUCCUCCGUCCUGACCCUCUUUUCGUCAGUAUUUCAUAGCCUUAAUUGAACAAGUUAUUUACAGUAGAUAUGAAAAGACAUUAGCUGUCGUAUGAAGAUUUCAAUGUGAAAUAGCCAGCAUUUUCUUCCUGUAAAGUAUUUAAAUAUGUUUUUAAGUAUUUCUUUGUUUGACAGGUGGGUGCAUGUCAUUAUUUUGUAAUCAAAGGUGGAAAUAUAUGAUUCAUAUCA